AUGGUGAUAUCAUGGCUUCUCAAUUCACUUUUCAAGGAAAUUGCUGAAAGUGUCCUCUACUCCAAAACAACAAGAGAGAUUUGGAAGAAUCUUGAGGACAGAUUUGGGCAAAGCAAUGGAGCUUUGCUUUAUCAACUGCAAAAUAAGCCCAGUGACACAGUUCAAGGAAGUUCACACAUAGCUGGUUAUUAUACUAAAGUGAAAAGAAUCUGGGAUGAGCUUGACAGCCUAGAUACUUGUGUUCACUGUAGUUGUGAUUGCUCUUGUGGAGGGAAGAGUAGAUCUCUGAAAUCUCAUCAAGAUGGCAGGCUCAUCCAGUUUCUCAUGGGGCUGAAUGAGGCCUAUUCAGGUGUAAAAAGCAAUAUUCUGAUGGCUUCACCUCUGCCCAUCAUCAAUCAUGCUUACUCCCUUUUAAUUCAAGAUGAAAAACAAAGGGAGAUACAUGUAGCUCAACACCCCGUUGAAUCUGCUUUCAUGGCUGCAAGACAACAAUAUGGAGGUCAGAAGCUUGGAUGUUCUGAGUAA